CUUCCGCCUCGGUGUCAGCGGGUCGCGGGCCUGCGGGGCGCGGGGGCGGGGAGGGCAGCGAGCUCGGCCGGCGCCCGCGGGACCCCGGUCCAGGAGAAGUCCAUGGCGUGACGUGACGUGACGUGCCGCCCUGCCACGCCCUGCCACGCCCUGCCGCUGCAGCUCAGCUGCGGUGAUGGAGUAGGAGGCCACCCGCCAGGGCAGCAGCGGCCACCUUUGCAGCAUGAACGGUGAGGAAGAGUUCUUUGACGCCGUCACAGGCUUUGAUUCCGACAACUCCUCCGGGGAGUUUCCCGAGGCCAACCAGAAAGUCACCAGGAUGAUUGACCUGGACGCCGGCCGAAGCGGGAGGGGUGGGAAAGCUGGGGAGAGGCCCCCGCAGGAGAACGGAAUUCAGACACACAGGACCUGCCUGCCUGCCCCGAUGUUCACCCGGAGCGACUUCAGCGUGUGGAGCAUCCUGAAGAAGUGCAUCGGCCUGGAGCUGUCGAAGAUCACGAUGCCCAUCGCCUUCAACGAGCCCCUGAGCUUCCUGCAGCGGAUCACAGAGUACAUGGAGCACGUGUACCUCGUGCACCGGGCCUCCCGCCAGCCACAGGCCCUGGACAGGAUGCAGUCCGUGGCUGCGUUUGCGGUGUCGGCUGUGGCUUCCCAGUGGGAGAGGACGGGCAAACCCUUCAAUCCGCUCUUGGGAGAAACAUACGAGCUCAUCAGGGAGGACCUGGGGUUCAGGUUCAUAUCCGAGCAGGUCAGUCACCACCCGCCCAUCAGCGCGUUUUACUCGGAAGGUCUCAGUGAGGACUUCGUGUUCCACGGCUCCAUCUACCCGAAGCUGCGGUUCUGGGGGAAGAGCGUGGAGGCCGAGCCCCGCGGGACCAUCACACUGGAGCUCCUCAAACAUAACGAAGCCUACACCUGGACCAACCCCACCUGCUGUGUGCACAACGUCAUCAUCGGGAAGCUGUGGAUUGAGCAGUACGGGACUGUGGAGAUCCUGAACCACAGAACUGGAGACAAGUGCGUGCUAAACUUUAAACCCUGCGGGCUGUUUGGAAAAGAACUGCACAAAGUGGAAGGGCACAUUCAAGACAGAAACAAAAAGAAACUGUUCGUGAUCUACGGCAAGUGGACGGAGUGUCUGUGGGGCAUCGACCCCGCCGCCUACGAGUCCUUCAGGAAGCAGGAGCGGAGAGGCGAGCCCUGGAGGAAGGCCAGGCAGGGCGGCCCAGCCGCGUGUCCUGUGUUGCAGGGUGACGGUCCUGAGAAGGCGGACAGCGACGAAGUGGACGAUGUGCCCGUCGUUCAGGAGACGGUGCAGGUCAUUCCUGGCAGCAAACUGCUCUGGAGGAUCAACACCCGGCCCCCCAACUCUGCGCAGAUGUACAACUUCACCAGCUUCACUGUGAGCCUCAACGAGCUGCAGACAGGCAUGGAGAAGACCCUGCCCCCCACGGACUGCCGCCUGCGCCCUGACAUCCGAGGCAUGGAGAACGGCAACAUGGAUCUGGCCAGCCAAGAGAAGGAGAGACUGGAAGAGAAGCAGAGAGAAGCUCGCAGGGAGCGCGCAAAGGACGAGGCGGAGUGGCGGACACGGUGGUUCUACCCGGGCAGCAACCCCCACACCGGGACGCCCGACUGGCUGUACGCGGGUGAUUACUUUGACCGCAACUUCUCAGACUGCCCGGACAUCUACUGAGGGUGGGGCCUGGGCCGGACGCCCGCGAGCGUGGACCCCCGGGGCCGCCCUGCGCCCCGGUGCCGCCUGGCCAGAAGCCAGCCUCGACGGACUGUCGGCACCGCCCGACCGAGGCCGCCAUUCUCAGUAGCUCCCGUUUGCCAAACACUCGCACUGCUGCGCCCCAGCGCCGCCGGGACGGUGCCCCCGGGAGGGGAGUGGACGGCGACAGUGCCCUUCCCGCGGCCUCGCAGAGCGGCAGGCGGGCCACGUCCCUGGAGCUUCUGGAACAUGGUAAACUGACGCCCGUGGGUGUGGAUCCCGACUGAGACUGUGGGCCGGGGCCGCCCUGGCGACGGGCACCGGCCGGUGCGAGGGCAGUGGUCACUUCGGGCUGCCUGGGAAGUCCCCAGGGCCGUCUCGAGUGGGAGGAGCCGGGCUCUGGCCACGCAUGUCGCCGUGGGCCACGCUGCCCUCAGGGGACGGGGUUCUUGGCAAACUCCCGCCCGUGUCUGCUUUGGCGCCUGUGUGCGGGCUGCACGUGUCCCAUGUCAGUAGCCGCGUGCUGUGCCGUGCGAGAGGCAGAGGCAGCAUCUCCCCCGGUGUGAUUAAACGUGUUCAGCAAACACGGCUGUGUCCGGCUCGGCGUCCGUCCUGACCGCGUAACCGAGUGUAGGUAGCAGUGUGGACCCCAUGGGUGACGGUGGAGCUCUGGACCAAGGCAGCCUGCUGUGUGCAGACGCACACACGCACGCACACGCGGGCACACGCGGGCACACCACCUCACAGCUGUGCAGCAUCGUCGCUGUCUGGUCCAGCAGGGCGCUGUCGCUGUCCACUCUUCACAAUGUCGUUUGCAAUUAAAACACUUUUGGAGUGAA